AUGUCACUUAACAGCAAAAGCGACCGGGACGAUAGUCUCGUACAAAGUAGCAAACAACCAUGGUAUUACUAUUUAUGGGAUUCUUUUGGCAAACCCCCAGCUGAACGAAGAUUACUCGUCAGACUGGAUUUGUCCUUGUUAGUCUUCUCGACUCUGGGAUUGAUAAUGAGGUAUAUCGAUCAAACGAAUUUAUCUACCGCUUUUGUUAGUGGUAUGAAGUAA